AUGCAAAUUAUACCAAGAAGGCCAGGAGAGAUUCGCCCUGCAGCUGAAAUAACUCGUGACGGUGUUGGGCAUUUCCCUACACAUGACGAUGGAACUGGGACUAGGUGUAAAAUGAGUUCGUUCUCAAUUGAUGCAAUCGCAGUCGCAGGGCUCUCGGAUGAAGGUCCAGGAGGGAAGGUCAGGGAUACCCCUCCCCCUAUUGAGCUUAAAUCGUUUAAUAGCCAGGUUGAGCUUUGGCCAAGCUUCUACGAGUGUUUCAAGAUUAAUGUACAUGAUAAUGAAGGUCUAUCUGAUUCACAGAAAUUACAUUAUCUGUUGGGUAAAUUGUCAGGUCCUGCUUUAAAACUGACGGCCGGUAUUGUACCAGCCGGAGAGAACUACGCUAGUAUUUGGCAAAGUUUAGUUAAUAAGUACCAAGACAAACGAGCAUUAGGAUCUCAUUACAUGUCUAUUUUAAUGAAUAUAAAACCUGCUAUUAAUAAUGCUGCUUCGCUUGACACGUUUAUUGAAUCGUUUAGCGCCGCGGUGUCGGCCUUAGAACAGCUAAAAAUUACCGAUCUUAAAGAUUUCAUGCUAUUAACUAUUGCUUUACGAAAAAUAGACUCAGUAACCGCACAGGCAUUUGAAAUGGCAAUUAGAGAUAAGGAAAUCCCUUUUUAUUCGGAAUUUGUCGAAUUUAUUAAAGGUCAAGUAAAGAUAUUAGAUCGUACUAGUAACCGCCCUACGGUUAUACCUACCGUAGCCAGCCCGCGUCAUAACAAUACAGUCCACUACUCUAAAACUUUGCUAUCACGUGAUAAUAUCGAAUCUUGUUCAAUGUGCAACAAUGGUGAUCAUUUGCAAUUAUACCAAUGUACAACCUUCAAAUCGCUUCCGGUCGAACAACGUUUUGAGUUUAUCAAAAACAAACGUGCAUGUAUAAAUUGUUUGAGUAUGUCACAUACUGUGUCGCGUUGUAAUUCUUCGCAUUACUGUAAAAUGUGUAACAAACAACAUCAUACACUAUUACAUAAAACUAGUCUGAGCAAUAAAUUAAAUAAUCGAAAACAACCCUUUACGCCGCCGUCCUGCUCGCACGCAUUACUUGCAGCGCCGUCGGUUAGCACAGCUGAGGUUCCCGCUCAUACUUUGUGUAAUUGCCCCGCGCACCCGCCGCUAGCGGUAACCCCGCCAAUCGCGCAGCUCCCGCCGCCGACUCAGCUGACUCCGUGCGUUAAUAACCAAGUUUCAUUGUGUGCCCGCGCGCAUGUUAUUAAUAACAACAAUACAAUAUUGCUUAGCACGGCACAGAUAAACGUUUUAAAUGAUUGUAAACAGAAGUUAAAUGUUAGAUGUCUUAUUGAUAACGCGUCACAAAACCAUAUCGUGACAACCGCUUGUUGUAAACGCCUUAAUUUAAAACCAAUUCCACUUAAUGUACAUACAUCUAUUAAAGGUAUAGGAUCCGCAUCGCAGACCGUUCGCGGUUGGGUUCCGCUGUGUGUUUCUUCUAAAAAUAACUUGUAUAAUUACACUAUUGAUGCGCUUGUCGUCGACGUCAUAACGGAGAAUAUGCCUUCCGUCAUGAUCGAUGCAACGAUUAUUAGUAGUUUAUUAAAUAUACCGCUUGCUGAUCCACUAUGGCAUACGCCUGGACAGAUUGAACUCGUACUUGGGGCUCAAUUGUUCCCAUAUUUAUUAUUAGGUGGUAAAAUUAUUGCACCUCCCGCACCGGCCGCUAUUGAAACCGUAUUCGGAUAUAUUCUUAUAGGGGAAGUCGCCUCAACCGCUGACUCCGAUACGGCACCCGCCUCUUCAACAUUUCUCAUAUGUUCGGAACAGGAAACACAAAAUGAUAAUUUAGAUAAAACAUUAUGUAAAUUUUGGGAACUGGAAGAAGUUCCUUCAAAAAGGUUUAUGAGUCCGGAGGAGACUGAAUGCGAGCAAAUAUACUGUGACACAAUUUCACGUGAUUCUACGGGUAAAUAUUGUACCUCACUGCCAUUUUCUAAGGAUCCCUCCAUAUUGGGUGAUUCCCGUUCUGUAGCUACUCGUCGCUUACUCUCUUUAGAACGUAAAUUGAAAGAUCCUGUUCUUCAUGCUAGUUACAAUGAGAUCAUACAAGAAUAUCUUAUCAACGAUUACCUAUCGGAAGUUCUGCCCACUAGUAACGAAUAUGGUAAAGGGUAUUACAUACCUCAUCACCCCGUCAUUAGGAAUGAUAAAGAGACGACAAAAUUACGCAUAGUCCUUGACGCAAGCGCCAAGUGUCAUAAUGACAUAUCUCUAAAUGAUAUAUUACAUACGGGACCCAACUUACAAGCCGAUAUAUUAAUUCUUUUAUUGAACUUUCGCUUAUUUCCUAUUGCACUAACCGCCGACAUAAAACAAAUGUAUCUAAGAAUCGAAGUUCGUAAGGAACAUAGAAAAUAUCAAAAGAUAUUGUACCGUUUUAAUUCUACAGAGCCUAUUCGUGAGUUUCAGUUUAAUCGUGUCGCGUUCGGGCUGCGAUGCAGUCCAUACCUAGCCAUGCGUACUGUUAGGCAGUUGGCAGAAGAUGAGAGGACCGGGUACCCGCGUGCAGCUGAUGUAGCGACUAAUGAACUGUAUAUGGACGAUUUGGCUACCUCCGUCUCGACAUUUAAGGAAGGAGUGGUUUUGUCACGCGAACUCAUUGCAUUAUUUAAGGAGGGCGGCUUUCAUUUGACUAAAUGGGCGAGUAACUCUGUGGAUCUUUUAUCUGCUGUUCCUGAAUCUAACCGAACCGCUAUUAAUUUUUCGAAUAAUGAUAGUAUAAAAAUACUCGGAUUGAAAUGGCUUCCCUCUGAGGAUGUGUUUACUUUUUCAACAUGCUCUAUAGACGAGAAAUGUACUAAACGUACUAUCCUCUCGGCUAUUGCCCGUCUAUGGGAUGUUUUAGGAUUCGCUGCACCAGUAAUUCUUUUUGCUAAACUUUUAAUACAAGAAUUGUGGAUCCAACACAUUGGUUGGGAUGAUGCUCCACCAAUGGAUAUACAAACAAAUUUUCAUAAUUUUAUACAACAAUUAAAACAUCUCUCUUCGUUGAAGAUACCUAGACACGUUAAUGUGGAAGUUGGUUGUACUACCAACAUAGUUGCAUUUUCCGAUGCCAGCAUGAAGGCGUAUGGAUGCGUAGUGUACCUACACGUCACGGAUCCGAUAGGUAAAGUGCAUGUCGCUUUAGUAUGUGCAAAAUCUAAAGUCGCACCUACAAAAACGGUAACUCUUGCUAGACUGGAAUUAUGUGCUGCUGUUUUAAUGUCAAAACUUGUAAAGCUGGUCUUAGACACGUAUAAUUCCCGCAUUAAUAUUAAUAAAAUCUUUGCAUUUUCCGAUUCACAAAUCGCCCUUUCAUGGAUCCAUUCUUCACCACAUAGGUGGAACGUUUUUGUAAGUAACCGCGUAGCAAAGUGUCAAGAAAAUCUUGCCUCUUCGCAUUUUUAUUACGUAAACACGACAGAUAAUCCUAGUGACUGUCUGUCUAGAGGUUUAUUACCUGACCAGUUGAUAUCGCAUCCUUUAUGGUGGCACGGUCCCGUCUGGUUACAGCGCCCUCUGGCCGAAUGGCCAAUAUCUCCAUUUAAACCAGUGAAUUAUAUACAUAAAAAUAACUUACCUUCAUCACAAUUUCGUAAACUUGACCCCUUUAUCGAUGAAAGUGGAGUUAUUAGAGUAGGAGGAAGAUUAUCUAAUAGUAACUUACCUUUCGAAGCUCAGCAUCCCGCAUUACUGCCUAAACAUGAUCAUAUUACUCACCUGCUUAUAGACAAUUAUCACCGUAUGUACUGUCAUACUGGUGCUUCAUUAUUGACUUCAUUACUACGACAAAAAUAUUGGAUUAUAUCAGCCAGAAGUGUAAUUAAACAAAGAGUCCACUCCUGUAACAAGUGUUUUAAAGCUUCUCCAUCAAGCAAGGCGCCAAAAAUGGCGGACUUGCCUCCGUACCGCGUGCGUGAAACGAAAGCCUUUGUGCACACCGGCGUGGAUUACGCUGGACCUAUAAAAAUAACGUUACGCAGACACCGUGGUCAAAAGUCACAAAAGGCUUACAUUUGCCUAUUUAUUUGCCUUGUAACAAAAGCCGUGCAUAUCGAGUUAGCCACAGACCUUUCAUCUGAUAUAUUCAUUUCUGCCUUUAAACGCUUUAUAUCACGGCGUGGACCGGUCUCAUGUCUUUAUUCUGAUAAUGGAACAAAUUUCGUUGGUGCAAAAGCUCAACUCCAUGAUCUUAUGCUUAAUAACCGUAUUGAAUGGCAUAUGAUCCCGCCCCGCGCCCCUCUCUUCGGGGGGGCUUUGGAAUCAAAUAUUCGAAGUAUAAAAACCCAUUUAUUCCGUACAAUCGGUUCUCAAUUACUCACGUACGAGGAAAUGUUAACUGUUUUAACACAAAUAGAGACAAUUUUAAAUUCAAGACCUCUCUGCGUACUAACGGAGGAACCGUAUCCUGAACCGCUAACUCCUGCGCAUUUCAUUAUGGCCUCCCCCCUUUUGCACUUACCCAUUGAAAACGUAUCCGAGGACAUUCGAAGUCUUAGACAACGUAAGCAGCUACUUGAUAAUAUAGUUAGCAGUUAUUGGAAAAGGUGGCGUUUGGAGUAUCUUAAUACUUUACAGUUGGCCCUGGAGCCUUGA